GUUAUGCUUUUAGCCUUAUCGAGGGUGGUACUGAAUAUACGUUAGUGUAUCGUCUUAGUUUCGGACGGACAAAAAGUUGGACAUAAAAAAUAUAAUGCAGUGAUAUUUGUGAUCUUAAGACUGUAUACUGAUCUCAAUUAAGUGGUACAAUGUGAUAUACAUUAUAGUAAAACUAUUAUUCAUUAUAAAAACUGUGAUAAAAGUGUUAAAAAAAUGAUCGAAUUGGUAAAAGUGAAGGAUAAUUUACGUGUAAAUGGGACUGUAAGGGAUAUUGGUGCGGAAACGUUUGUAUGCAGGGUCCAAUAUCUGAACGAUUUGGACCCAUUUACAGAAUACAAUGUACGGGAACCAACAAGACCUUUGUAUCAUACGUUUAAUACUACAAUACCGCUGUCGUAUCAAAUUGCGGCCGUACAUCGGUUACUACAAGCACCACAUCGGCUUGACGACGUUACUCUUCAGGUGUUUAAGGACGGCGACUAUGGAGCAUAUCUCGAUUUAGAUUCGACACUCGGCGAACAAGAUGAAGAACUCGAGGGACUUCAAGACAACCGCAAGAAUUCACUCGUGUUGCGGACUCAACUCUCAGUGCGCGUACAUGGCAUCAUUGAUACACUACUGCGCUCCCAAGGUAGGGAGCUCAGGAGAGCUCUCUUCACACUCAAGCAGAUCCUGCAAUCGGACAAAGAUCUCGUACAUGAAUUUGUCGCGAACAAGGGCUUGGACUGUCUUAUGCAAGUGGCUAACAAAGCUGAUCACAACUAUCUGGAUUAUAUCCUAAGAGCCCUUGGUCAGAUCCUUUUGUAUGUUGAUGGCAUGCACGGGGUCAUGAUACACAAGCGAUGCAUUCAGUGGCUGUAUUCAUUAAUAGAGAGCAAAUAUAGGCACGUUGUAAAAAUAUCGCUUAAACUUCUAUUAGUUUUUGUUGAAUACGUCGAUAAAAACUGUUUGCUCCUCAUCGACGCUAUUAACGUCGUCGAUGGCACCAAUGGCAGGCAGCCGUGGUAUAACGUGAUGAAAAUUCUUCAAGACAUCGAUGCAUCUGAUACCGAAUUACUUAUAUAUGCAACUACAUUAAUAAAUGUUUGUCUAAACAAUAUACCAGACAGAGAUACGUAUUAUGAUCAAGUGGAUACCUUACAAGACCAAGGAAUAGAUGAAAUUAUCCAGUUGUACAUGACAAAACAAGGCACAGAUUUAGAUCUAUUAAGACAAUUACAAAUAUUCGAAGCUGUACUUCUCUAUGAAGACGGCGACGAAACAGGAACAGCGCUAAAGCAACUUGAUGACUCGGUCAUAAUGUCAUUGGGUCGAAGGAGUCUAAAUUUAAAUACGACCGAUAGACGAAAAUCAAAGAAGCAACAAGCGAAGGAAAAAGCUAAACUGCCUAUCAUCCAUCAUACGGAUUCUGACAUACAAUCAAACAGUAACCUUCGCACAUCAUACUCACCAACAAUAAACGAUAACAAAGAAAACAAGGAACUGACACCAGCUUGGAAAAGAAGAAAAGAUAGAUUUGCUAGACAAGCACAUCAUAUAAUACAGCAACAAGAAAUGUUAAACAACUCCAGUGAUGUUUACAAUGGCCUGUUUGGUAAUAUCAACGGAGACCGCAAACGUACCAGUACCGCUUACUCAGAUACCAAUGGAGAAUUUCCAUCUUCCCCUACUUACGCUGAAGAGAGUUAUUCCAAAAUCAAUGGUAGUUUAAACGGCCAACUGCAGUAUGCCAGCAACGGAAUCAGUAGUCCAUUAGAAGAUGAAAAGACAUUCGAAAGCAGACUGCCAAAAACCAACUACCUACCAGAUGUGUUGAAAAACGCUAAUUUGAGAUACACCGGUGGCCUAAAACAGAGAUUACGGAACGGAACUUUAGGACACACAGUUAAUGCAGUGGACACUCUUGCUGCGAUGAGACAAAAACAAAACGAAACUACAUCCGAUGUUAAGGAAGAUAGAGGAAUAAUAAUUAACAGAGAACACAGUAUUAAAGACAUAGCCCAAAUGUUAACUAACCCGGUGAGUCCCAAUGCAGAGGAAAAAUCACUAAAAGUGGCGGAUAUGGCGGGGAUUGUUUUAAAAGCCAAAGAGGAAUUAGCGAAAUCUCAAUCAAAAGAAAUCAUCAAAAGUCCUAGUAUUGAGAAAAGUACCAAAGUACCUGAAUUGAAAAUAUCAGAAAAUGAUUUGCAUUGGGAAAAACUUAAGCAAAGCGGUCUGAAUAGGGAAUUUCAUAUAUGUGAUUUGGAUUUUUCCGAUUUGAAACAAGAUUCAGACGAUGAAAUGGCUUCCCCGACCAAGAACGGAAACAGUGGGCCGCCGCCACCGCCGCCCAAUAUGUUCCCGUCUUUGGGGAUGCCACCCCCCAUGCCUGGAUCUCAGCUACAUACUCUGAAGAACAGUGUCCCAAAUCCACCACCAUCGUUACCCUUAGAUUUGGGGCAAGACUGUGACAGGGGUACUAUUAAGAAAAAUAAAAAGACUGUUAAACUAUUUUGGAGAGAAAUCCAAGAGAAUCCGAUCCCUCCACCGAUCAGGACGAAAGUUGGAGGCUUCAUUUGGGAUGAACUCCCAGAAGUUCCCGUAGAUACGGCUAUGUUAGAGCAUUUGUUUGAAUCGAGAACCAAUGACUUAAUAAUUAAGGAAAAAUUAAUGGAACCAAAGAGAAAUCUUAUAUUAGAUGCUAAACGUUCGAAUGCCAUAAAUAUAGCAAUGAAAAAGUUGCCAACACCGCAGACCAUUAAGGCGGCUAUUAUGAAAAUGGAUGCUACAGUCAUAGGAAGAGAAGGAAUAGAGAAGCUUUUGACAAUGCUACCAACGGAAGAGGAAAAAGUUAAAAUACAAGAAGCGCAGUAUGCCAAUCCAGACUUACCGCUCGGAAGUGCCGAGCAGUUCUUGCUUGCUCUAGCUACCAUUAACGAAUUGUCUUCAAGACUUAAGCUUUGGGUCUUCAAACUUGACUUUGAUAAUUUGGAGAAAGAAAUUAGUGAACCAUUAAUGGACCUGAAACAAGGAAUUGAAUUGUUAAAAGUGAACAAAACAUUUAAAGUAAUAUUGUCUACAUUAAGAUCUGUCGGAAGCUUUCUUAAUGGUUGUCAAGUGAAAGGAUUUCGAUUGGAAUAUUUGUCUAAAGUGAUGGAGGUAAAGGACACAGUGCACAAACAUCCUCUGCUGUAUCACAUAUGCGAAAUGAUCAUUGAGAAGUUCCCUGAUACCACGGAUUUCUUCAGCGAGGUGGGCCCAGUAAUUAGAGCAUCUAAAGUGGACUUCGAUAUUCUAUCGGCGAACCUUCACAAAUUAGAGUGCGACUGCAAGGCCUCCUGGGACCACAUGAAGAGGGUGGCGAAGCAUGACAGUGCUCAGAUUUGCAAAACUAAAAUCAAUGAGUUUUUAAUUGAUGCCGCUGAAAGGAUCAUUAUUUUGGGUGUUAUCAAGAAAAGGAUCAUGAAAAGGUACAGCAAGUUCCUAUAUUUCUUAGGAGUUCCACCAGCUGAAGUGGUGAAAACGAAACCAUCCGAAUUCCUCAAAGUAAUUGCGGAGUUCGCACUUGAAUAUCGGACCACGAGAGAGCGCGUGUUGCAGCAACUUGAGAAACGAGCAAAUCAUAGGGAAAGGAACAAGACUAGAGGGAAAAUGAUCACUGAUGUCGGGAAUUUCUCUAAUAAAAAUGGAGAUUAUGCAGCAGAUUGCGCCUUAAAAGAACUGUUGAGAGCUGAGGGUGACAUGGUUACUGAUGGCAGGCGGAAAUAUCAAACAACCGAUACCAACUUCAUAAAUGGCGAUGAAAUUCUGGAGAGCCUUGUUCGAUCUGCAACAAGCAAAACUAGGAGUGUGCCAAGAGAAAGGAGGCGGCAAAGAAUCUCCUCUGACAAGAAAUAUUCUCCAUGGAUAACAUCUCUGAAAAAAAUGAUCUUAACCUUCAAACGGAAUCUCACUAAGCUUGUAAUUUUUACUCAAUUAAUUUAAGUAUCUCGAAGAUGUUAUUCGGAGACACUAAAUGCACCAUAGCUUUCAGUGAUAAACAACGAACAAACACGAAAGGAAAUUAAAGGUUUAAACUUGUAAAAUUUCUAUAAAAUGGCAUUUAAACAUAUUAAAAAAAUAUAAUAACAGCCGAUCAACUAAUUUGUCGAUUUAAUUUUAUUGUUGCGUUGAGAUUAACUAUUUAGUCAGUUUAUUAAGAUAAUCAAAACAUCGGUUUCACUUAUUGAUUAAUUUUCUUAUUGCAUAAUUUUCUCAAGACCAACCAAAAGGUAAUUUAAAAUUCACAUAAGUCAAUUCAUUGAUUACCAAAUUCCAAAUUCGGACAUUUAUUUAUGAUGUUUGACGUCCAAAUUGAUAUUGGCUUAAAUGUAUCUUUACCAGGCCAUAGAAUCUUUAAAAAAAUGACAUUGACACUUCCGGUUGGUUUUCCUUUGCAUUUUCAAAUGUCAAAGUCAAAGUUGAAUUUGACUUGCCAAAUGUUGUAUUUUUAUUUUAUUUUUAAGUCUUAAUUUGAAGUUAAUACCUUAACCAGCAUAUUAAAUAGCAAAUAAUAGUGUACUGUAACAAUCCAGUGAAAUUCAGCUUUUUACGAUUCAUUGUUCUUUAACAAUUCCAUUCAAUUAUGCAAAACUUUAUUUUGGAGUGAUAUUAAUAAAAUCUGAAAUAUAAAUAAUGUAUCUCAUAUUGGUUUAUUCAAAAAUUAUAACCUAUUGUUA